AUGAGCAGGCUGAGCGCCGUCGUCGCUUACCAGAGCACCUGCCGCGACGCAUUGCGUAUGUGCGGCGGCACGAGGAAAGUCAGGACUCGGCUCGGAAAACCCAUCAAAAUGACUAGCAACGCGUUGGCGAUCAUAAAUUCCGCUUUCAAUCGAUCUUCUCAACCACCUCAGAUCCCCGACGACGGGAACCUGGCCAGUGGUGCCAAUUCUUUGCCCCGACCCGAUGCGGUGGUUGCUGGUGAUGGAAGCGGCAGAUUCAGAACGAUCACCGAAGCCCUAUCGGCUUACAAACUCAACGAGCUCGGCCGCUACGUGAUAUACGUGAAAGCAGGGGAGUACAACGAGAGCGUGACAAUAGCAAAGGACCGAGUCAAUGUCUACAUGUACGGCGACGGACCCGACCGGACUGUGGUGUUCGGGUCAAGAUCGCAAGAAUCCGGCCUCUUGACUUACGAGACCGCCACCGUAGCGGUUUUGGGAGAUGGGUUCGUGUGUCGGUCGAUGGCGAUUCAGAACAGGGGGAAAUCAGGGGGCGCGACGGUGGCGGUUAGGGUUCAGGCGGACAGAUCGAUAUUUUACAAUGUCACAAUUGAAGGCAAUCAAGCCCCGCUCUACGCACUGGCUCAUCGUCAAUUCUACCGCGAGUGCAAGAUCUCUGGAUCCACCGAUCUAAUUUUGGGCGACGCAGCGGCGGUGAUUCAAGAUUCCGAGAUCCUAGUGAGUCCCGAUUCGGGAGUGCCGGCGUAUGGUUUUGCUGCCGUGACCGUGCAAGGAAGGGCAGAAAGAUUCGAGACGACCGGGUUCGUGCUGCAGAACUGUACAAUCAAGGAGAUUGGAGGUGCGAGAGUGGAGAUUGUGCUUGGGAAGCAAUGGAGGAAGGGGUCGAGGGUAGUGGUGAUGGAGUCGUACCUGGGAGAAGGGAUUGCGGCAGAGGGAUGGAAGGUGAGGGUUUCCUCCGCCGGCGGGGGAGACUUUGCGGUGCCGGAGAAAUCGUUGUAUGCGGAGUUUGAGAACUACGGGCCUGGAGCAAAUACGAGCAAGCGGGUCCGAAGCUCCACUGUGAUUAAGGAAAGGUCGAAGGCGGUUCAAUAUGCUCCAGACUUGUUUAUUCAGGGGUAUUCCUGGAUUCCCCAGGCCGGUGUGCCGUACCAGGGAGGAUUGUAG